UCCCAGACCGUUUAGAGCCUCACGUCUUCGUGACACAUGCUGGUGCCCUCCUCCAGGUCGAAGGUCAGCCCCAGCACCUCCUGGGAGAUGCCCAGCAGCCCGUGUGUGAGCGCCUGCAUGGGGAAAGACUCAUUGAGCAGCACGGAGUCGGCAUGCGUGCGGAACCCCAGCAGGCGGGACUUCAGGGCCUGCAGCCUCACCAGCUCCCUGAGGAUCACGCAGUUCUCCUGGAACCCAGAGACGGAAGGCGCUGGGGACCGAGGGCCAUGCCCUCCCCGCGGGCCCCGGGCCAGGUCCUUUUGGAACUGGAAACGGCAUGAACGUGAUGGGCUCUAAGGCCAAGGGCAGGAAGAAAUGCGGCCAGUCUUUCCAGGAGCCACCAAGGGGCCUCCCCGGGCUCAACAAGACAAACACGGCUGCCGUGCAGACAGUAGCUCAACCCCACGGCACCCGAACACCCAGCCCCUGGACAGUGAGACACCUGUUGCUGCAGGUGACCCGUGGCUCACUGAUGAGGCCCGGCCCCAGGCGUACGCCACCUUCUCUGGGGCCACCUCUCUGGUCUGCAGUGGGGUUCUCCUGGGAGCCCCCAGUCACCACAGGACCAGCGUGGCCUGUCUGUAGCCCAAGAAGGUGGGGACACAAGACUGUCCCCCAUGCCCCCCGCAUCACCCGCGAGGCCGAGCGAGCACCAGUGGUGUCUGCGGGGAAGAUGAAGGGCUCACGCACAGCCCCCAUCUACAGAAGCACAGACUGCAGCCACAUGCGCUAUGGAACAAACACAAGUGUCCAUGCAGGACCCGAUGUCUGAAUGUCAAGGCCAUGCCCGGGCCACAGUGAGAAGGUGCAUCCCCCAUGCAAGCCACAGAGAGGGGAUGGGGGGGCCAUCUGCGAUUCUGAGCUCAUCGGGUAUCACCCCAGAGGGAGAGGGAGAGGGAGAGAGGUAGACAGAAGUACAGAGGGAGAGAAAGAGAGAGGGAGGGAGACACGUCUCUCCCUUCCCUGGGGGUUCUCUAGUGCAGCCAAGGCUGAAAACCACUGCAUUUUGGGAGAUGGGUCCUCGUGGAAGAGUUAAAUAGUAGCUCAUGGCAUUAUCGACACAUAUUAAAAAGGCCCCAAAUCUUGGGGAGUCAGGGAGGGGAGUGUCGGCUGCCUCGUAAACGAGGAGAGAUUGGGCAUCAGGGGAGGUGCCUGUGCAGCCUGCGCCCAGGGCCCCACAGACUUCAUCUCCCAGCGGUGGUCCUGGGUUGGAAGUCAGCGGGGAGGUCAGGCUGUCCAAGCAUCAACGUUGACUUCAGGGCUGAUCUAAAAGGCGCCUGGUGUUUGUUGAAGCAGAAAAAAGAGAAAGCAGUAGGGAGAGGAUGGGAGUGGGAGGGGGAGGGAGCCCCCCUCCUCAGCACUUCUACCGCUCUCCCUCUCUCUCUCCCUUUCUCCCUCUCUCCCUCUACCUCGCUGCCUCUCCCUCUCCCUCUCCCUCCAUCUCUCCCCCUGCCUCUCUCCCUCCCUCUCUCCCUGUCUCUUUCCCUGUCCCUCUCUCUCUCUCCCUCUUUCCUUCCCCCUCUCCCUCUCCCCCUUUCCCUCUCCCUCUCCCCCUCUCCCCCUCUCCCUUCCUCUCUCCCUGUCCCUGUUUCCCUGUUCCGCACGCUCUGGCUCUAUCUCUUUCCCUCUCCCUCUCCCUCCACCUCCUUCCCUCUCUGGAGAGGGAAGGAGGUGGAGGGAGAGGGAGAGAGAGAUGGAGAGGGAGGGGGAGAGGGAGAGAGAGAUGGAGAGGGAGGGGGGAGAGGGAGAGAGAGGGGGGAGAGGGAGAGAGUGAUAGAGGGAGGGAGCGAAAGAUGUCUCUCCCUCCCUCCCUCUCUCCCUCCCUCUCUCCCUCUCCCUCCCUCCUUCUCCUCCCUCUCCCUCUCGCUCCAACUCUCCUUCUCCCUCCGUCUCUCCAUCUCCCUCACUCCCUCCCAGAGAGGCAGAGAUAAGGCAGAGGGAGAGAGGGAGAGGGAGAGAUGGAGGGAGAGGAAGAGGGAGGGAGAGGGAGGGAGAGGGAGAGGGAGAGAGGGAGGGAGAAAGAGGUCUCUUCCUCCCUCCCUCUCCCUCUCUCCUCCUUCUCUCCCUCUCUCCCUCUCCCUCUCUCUCUCCCUGUCCCUGUUUCCCUGUUCCGGUCUCCCUCUCCCUCUGUCCCUCUCCCUUGUCUCUGCCUCUCCCUCCAUCUCUCCCUCUCUGAGAGGGAGUGAGGGCGAGGGAGAGAUGGAGGGAGAGGGAGUGACAGAGGGAGGAAGAGGGAGAGAGGAAGGGAAAGGGCGAGGGAAGGAGAAGGGGAGACGGAGGGAGGGUGAGAGGGAGAGUCGGAGGAGAGAGGGAGAGGAGGGAGGGAAGAAGAGACCAUUUUCCCUCUCCCGCUCUCCCUCUCUCUCUCUCUCUCUCUCCCUCUCUCUCUCUCUCUCUCCCUCUGUCCCUCUCUCUCUUCCUCUCUCCCUCUCCCUCCAUCUCUCCCUCUCCCUUAUCUCUGCCUCUCCCUCCAUCUCUCCCUAUGUGGGAAGGAGUGAGGGAGAUGGAGACAUGGAGGGAGAGGGAGAGUUGGUGGAAGAGGGAGAGGGAGGAGAAGGAGAGAGGGAGGGAGAGAGGGAGAGACGUCUUCGCUCCCUCCCUCUAUCCCUCUCUCCCUUUCCCCUCUCUCCCUUCCUCUCCCCCCUCCCUCUCCUGCUCUCCCUCUCCCUCUUUCCCUCUCCCUCUCCCUCCACCUCGUUCCAUCUCUGGAGAGGGAAGGAGGUGGAGGGAGAGGGAGAGGGAAAGAGGGAGAGGGAGAGCGGAACAGGGAAACAGGGACAGGGAGAGAGGGAGGGAGAGGGAGAGAAGGAGGACAGAGGGAGGGAGAGGGAGAGAAGGAGGACAGAGGGAGAGGGAGGGAGGAAGAGACCUCUUUCCCUCUCCCUCUCCCCCCCUCUCUCUCCCUCUCCUCUCCAUAUCUCUCUCCCUCUCUUCCUCUCCCUCCCUCUCCCUCCAUCUCUCCCUCUCCCUUGUCUCUGCCUCUCCAUCUCUCCCUCUCUGGGAGGGAGUGAGGGAGAUGGAGAGACGGAGGGAGCGGGAGAGUUGGAGGGAGAGGGAGAGGGAGGAGAAGGAGGGAGGGAGAGGGAGAGGGAGGGAGAGAGGGAGAGAGGGAGAGAGGGAGGGAGGGAGAGAGGGAUAAAGGGAGGGAGGGAGAGAAGGAGGGAGGGAGGGAGGGAGAGACGUCUUUCACUCCCUCCCUCUAUCCCUCUCUCCCUCUCCCCCCUCUCUCUCCCUCUCCCCCGCCUCCUGCUCUCUCUCCCUGUCCCUCCACCUCCUUCCCUCUCCAGAGAGGGAAGGAGGUGGAGGGACAGGGAGAGGGAAAGAGGUAGAGGGAGGGCGUGCGGAACAGGGAAACAGGGACAGGGAGAGAGGAAGGGAGAGAGAGACAGGGAAGAGGGACGGGGGAGGCGGGAAGAGGGAGCGGGGAGGCAGGAGAGAGACGGGGGAGAGGGAGGAGGUAGAGGGAGGGGGUGGGGAGAGGGAGAGGGAUGUGGGAGAGCGAGGGGGAGACGGAGGUGGAGAGGGAGUUGGGAGAGGGACGGGGAGAGGGACGGGGAGGGGGGAGAGGGAGGGGGCGAGGGACGAGAGGAAGCAGGGAGAAAAGAGAGAAAGAACACACCAUCUACAUUUCUGUCAAAUGACACCGGGGAUCCUUACACAACCAGGAGAAAAUAACACAGCGAGGCUCUUUCUCAGCUGGAACUGGAACUGCAGAUGGGGCCAAACACCACCAGGGUGGCCACACAUGUCCAGCUGCCGCCCCAGCCCCCUGAGUCUGGUCACCAGGGCUCUGAGUGUUUGCUCCAGGGACCUGGGGUUCACACUGUCACCCUGGAGGUCGGGCCUAGACAGCAGGGCCCUGGGCUGGACACACAGGGGGAAAAGCAUCCCCACAGGACAGCUUGUGCGAGCCGAUUCAGCUGCGAGAUUCUAGAGGCCCGGGAUCACCCUGUGGCCCAUGAAACCCAGGAGCCAGGAGGGUCUUGCAUCGGGAUUCCUGUCCGUUGGACUGUAACGUUUAUGUAAGGAAUCUUGGAAACAGUGGUAACAAGACUGAAUUCGAACGAGCUUUAGGAUAUUAUGGACCACUCCGAAGUGUGUGGGUUGCUAAAAACCCUCCCGGCUUCGCUCUUGUUGAAAAUGAAGAUCCCCGAGAUGCAGCGGAUGCUGUCUGAGAACUAGACGGGAGAACACUCUGUGGCUGCCAAGUAGAGUGAACCUGUCGAAUGGGGAAAGGAGAAGUCGAAAUCAUGGCCGCCUCCUUCUUGGGGUCGUCGCCCUCGAGAUGAUUAUCGGAGGAGGAAUCCUCCCCCUCACCACACAUCUCCAAGACGGAGAAGCUUCUCUCGCAGCCGGAGCAGGUCCCUUUAGUAGAUAUAGGAGAAGAGAGAGAUCACUGUCCCAGGAGAGAAAUCGCAAGCCGUCCCGAUCUUUCUCUAGGUCUCCUAGCCGAUCCAGGUCAAAUGAAAAGAAAUAGCAGACCACUUUGCAAGAGGAGUGGUGCACAGGAAAUAACUUCAUUUGACAGGAGUAUGUACAGAAAAUUCAAGUUUCGUUUGAGACUUCUGAAGCUUGAUGCACUUUUUAAAUGUUUUAGCUGUUCACAUUUGUUUGUCUCUUGGGACAGUGACACAUAAAGGUGUCAUUCUCUAUGGUUUGAAAUGGGUCAUAUGAGGCAUGUAAUAUGAAGAAUUGUUUCUUUACAAUGUUCUCUUAAGCAAAAUUGAAUUUGCUUUGAAUUUUUGGUCUUGCCUAGACUGAUAAUAAAACUCUAACUCCUGCCCA